AUGACGGAGGAAUCGCCUCACUCCAGCGACGCUGCUGCUGAUCGCGAGAAUAACAAUAACCCCGCCUAUGCCCAAUUGCAGCAUCCCCCUUCGGGCUCGCCGGCGCUAACUUCGACGGGCCGAACUAUACAGGCGUGCGACAGGUGUCGGUUUAAGAAGGUUCGAUGCGAUGGCACGGUUCCGGCAUGUGGGAGAUGCAAAGCGGCUGGCCUCGAGUGUCUUACCACCGUCAAGCUGAAUCGCAAGUCAUAUCCAAGAAGCUAUACGGAAUCCAUCGAGGAACGAUUGAGACAGCUUGAAGCGGAGGUCCACAAGCUGCGAGUUGGCAAUGACUCCAAAGAUAAACGUAUCAAAGAACUGGAAGCUUCGGGUGCAAAUAUCGCAUCCCCAAGACAAGCUGGCACUUCCACAACGAGUAACCGUCCAGACACUGUGGCUAAGCUGGGCCCGCGGCCGGCUACAGACGAACCUCUCUCGCGAGAGGUCGGGCGUAUGAAUCUCGAUCGAAGAGGGAUUGGUCGCUUCAUGGGCUCUUCUUCCGGCAUCUUCUUCAUAGGGACCGCUGAGCAACGGUUUUGCCUUUCUCAGAACCCCCCGGAUAAGAAAGUCGGAGAUGCUCUGCUUAGAGUUGACGUUGAUGAUGAGAGCACAGAGUAUCCCGUUCACUAUGCUGUUAACACAUCUGCGACGUUAACCCCCUUACCACCCCGUGAGACUGCUCAGGGAUACAUUGACGCCUGGUUUGACGCCUGGAGACAUAUAUUCCCCAUUCUGCAUCGACCUUCGUUCACCAAUUCGAUCAACCAGCUGUAUAGUGCUCCUGCCUCUGAGCAUGACUGGUGUGUUCUAGGGCUCUUUUACCUCAUCCUGGCCCUUGGGUGCCGACACCUUUUCAUGAUUGGCGAGGUUGUCGAUGGACAACCUACCGUUGAGAGCAACCAGGAGGAUAUCGAGUACUACAGCCAGUCGUCCAAGUACCAUAAUGAUAUCCUAGCAAUGAACAAUCUCGCAACCAUGCAGUAUCAGGAGCUGCAGACAUUGUGGUUUCUAUAUACCGGAAAACGCAGCUUAGCGUUUCAAAUGACGGGAAGCAUGACGCGGUUAGCGCUGGAAUUGGGACUGCAUCGGCAUACAAGACGAUUUCAGUUUGACCCGUUGGAGACUGAGUUGAGGAAGCGGGUCUUUUGGGUUUGCUAUAUGCUUGAUAAUUUCGUAUGCGCGAUAUAUGGACUGCCAAAGUCCUUUCGCGAUCAAGAUAUCGACGUCGAACUUCCAUCAGAUGUCGAUGAUGACUUCGUCAACCAAAGCGGCUACCUGCUCUCCCUUCCGGGAGAACCGACGGGAAUGCUAACCUUCGUUUCGCUGAUCAAAGUGGUUCGCGUACUCUCUAAUACCCUUGAAAUCCUCUACACCACAACAGACAGAAGGCAAACCGUUACCAAGAUCAAGACGAUCGAUCGAUUGCUAGACCAAUGGAUCCAUACGCUUCCAGAUCAUCUUCAACUAGAUCCAAGCGCCUUUACUCAUCCAUCCGCCUCCUCAAAAGAGACGCUUCUACUCAUCGAACCCUCGAUUGCCUUCUUGCAUAUAUCCUACCUGUAUACCCGACUCGCGGCGCACCGAGUUGCGCUCUCCUUCUUCCGUUCAGAACCGCAGUAUGCCAUCUCACUCACAAAAUGCAUGGAAUUUGCCAAAGAACUCAUCAGCUUGAAUUCCCGAGCCCUGCGUCAUUUACUAGUAUUCGAUGUCAAUCCCGGCUCACACGUAUAUACUUUGUGGUCUUGUGGAUUGCUGUCUCUAUUCGGACUGCCAGAGUUUCUAUCUGGCGAGCCAAAAAUCGAACGAUCUCCGAAAAAGGAGAGUGAUAUAAAAACAUCAGUAUCGGCUUGUGUUGAUCUUCUGGAGGCACUUGUUGCUGCAGGUCGAACCGGGGAGAAAGUCAGAGCCGAUAACCUACGAUGUAUAUCAGCGGGACUUUCAGAAAGCGGAACGAUUCCAAGUCCGAACACGCUUCAAACCGAUCAUCGUGAGUCGUGGUACCAACAGCCACCACAGCUUAUGGUACAACCGCACCAGCAGCAGCCGCAACGACAGCAAUCAGGAGACACCUCCCAUGUACCACCCCCCUCAACCCACACACCUGAAAUCCUUAGCCCCCCCCCACCACCUCCUUUCCCCCAAUUCCUACAACAAACACUUUUCGGACACCCUUCUCCAACCCCCCCCCUCCCAACCUCGGAUAGCCAAAUACAAAACCCCACUCAGCUACAACCCCCACAGCCACCCCAUUUACAAGGCAUAGACCUCCACUCCCAAUCCCCCGGCCUCUCCCGCCUAGCCAUGUCCGCCAACUCCCCCGCCUUUAUCAGCAACUUCAACAUCGAUUUCUCCAGCCCCUUAGCCCACCCUUACGACCGCCUAGCGGACGCCUUCCAUUCCCCCACCUCCGCCGCUGUGCCGGACAAUAGCAAUAGCGCCAGCAACACCAGCACCAGCCAGCAAAUAGCAGCCGGCCUAAAUCAGCCCACGCACCAGCAGAAUCACCACCAUCACCAUCACGGUUCGCACCAGCAGUCGCAGUCGCAUCCUCAUCCGCAUCCGCAUCCGCAUCCGCACCAACAUCAGCAUCAUGCUAUGAGGCAGGUGUGGGGUGAUCCUGUCUUUAACGUGUCGUCGAUUAUGCAGGUGUCUGAGCCCGGAGGCGGUGUGGGGGAUAAUAGUAAUAAUGAUGGUGCGUCAUUUGUCAUGCAGGAUGUUUUGAGUUCGGAGUCGAUCGGGAUUGGGGUUGGGGUUGGGGUUGGGAUGGGGAUGGGGAUUGGGCAGGGGGAUGGGGAGAGGAAUGGGGAUGGGGAUGGGAGAGGGGGAAGGGGAGGGGCGAGGAAGAGGGCUAGGGUUGGGUCGUCGAACUGA